AUGAAAGCAAAGACAAGCUCCAGCACUCCAGCCAUGUCCACAUCCCUGCGAGUGAGCCCCUCGGUCCACGGCUACCGCUUCGACACGGCCCUGCGCAAGAAAGCCGUGGCCAACAUCUUUGAAAGCAUCAACGAAGAGUCCCUGCAGAAACUCUUCAAAAACUCCGGAGACAAGAAGGCAGAGGAAAGAGCCAAGAUAAUUCUCUCCACCGACCAGGACAUGGAGGAGAAAACAAGAGCACUAAUGGCACUAAAGCAGAGGAGAAAAGACAAGCUGCUCCAGUUCCUGACACUUCGGAAAUACUCCAUUAAAGUUCACUGA